AUGGCCACCGCUAUCGCUCCUAUCACCGGCAUUCUCCGCCGCGCUCUGGUUCUUGACUUGAGCACCGCUUUCGGUUUCGGCACCACCUUCGGCUACCUCUGGUGGUACGGCUACCACCUUCCCCGCGUCCGCGCUCGUGACGAGUACUACAACCGCCUCGAGCAGGAGCGUGCCGCCGGCCAGGCGUAA